AUGGAAACGAGCUCAGCUGAGAUCGCGUGGGGUUGCCGGGCAGAGGCUAGUGGGGGAGGGGAAGCAGCCGGAGCCACGCGGGCUGGCCGCGCCCCCUGCGCGCGCCGCCUCACCCGGGGAGCUCAUUCAAGUAGCGAGCGCGCCCCGUGUCAGCCGCAACCCUCAGGUAUGUCCAUUUUGCUUUUGGUGUUUGCACGUCGUGUACCGUUCCGCGCUCCGUACUCCGCGAGUGUCAGUCGUGAUGUGACUGUUGUGUACCGUACCGUACGCGGAUACAUACGCACCAAACGGCAUUCGGCACUGCGAGAUCCGUGUCCACGAUGUAUAGUGCUCGACGAUGUGACGACUGGCCAUCGACAUAUGUGUUCGUAA